GCUUUCCAGAAGUGCAUUUCCGCCCGGCCAUAGGAGGAGAGGAGGCUGUCACAGGGGCAGGCUCUGCCCCACACCGAGGGGGCUGGCAGCGGGCGAUGCCCUAGAGCGGCAAAGGCGGCACGGGGAGAGAGCGGCCCUGCCCCAGAGGGUGCUGCUGCAGCAUGGAGGGGCUUUGGGCACUCAGAGUCCUGCUGCUCUCCUGCCUGCUGCUGCCCAACCCUGUGUGCAGCCAGACCAGCCCCGACCCCGGCCAGCAUCCGGCAGACCCCGAGGAGGUCCCAUCCAAGCACCAGGCAGCCAGGGCCACGCAGGAGCAGAAGGACAGCGGUGUCCAGGAGGGGCUGCCCCCACGGCCCCACUGCGUCCGCUGCUGUGAGCCCCCCGAGCACCGCUUCUCCUACCCCCAGUACCACCCCCAGAUCAACAUGACCAUCUUGAAAGGUGAGAAGGGGGAACGCGGUGAGCGGGGCAUGCAGGGGAAGUUCGGCAAGACGGGGGUGGCCGGCAGCAGGGGCCACACGGGGCCCAAGGGACAGAAGGGCAGCGCGGGUGCCCCGGGGGAGCGCUGCAAGAGCCACUACGCUGCCUUCUCGGUGGGCCGCAAGAAACCCCUGCACAGCAACGACUACUACCAAACCCUCAUCUUCGACACGGAGUUCGUCAACCUCUACGACCACUUCAACAUGUUCACGGGGAAGUUCUACUGCUACGUCCCUGGGAUCUACUACUUCAGCCUGAACGUGCACACCUGGAACCAGAAGGAGACCUACCUGCACAUCAUGCGCAACGGGGCCGAGGUGGUGAUCCUCUACGCGCAGGUGAGCGACCGCAGCAUCAUGCAGAGCCAGAGCGUCAUGCUGGAGCUGCGGGAGCAGGACGAGGUCUGGGUGAGGCUCUACAAGGGUGAGCGCGAGAAUGCGGUCUUCAGUGAUGAAUAUGACACUUACAUCACCUUCAGUGGGCACCUCAUCAAGUACAGCGGGGACCCCUGAGUGCCUACACCCCGAUCUUGCUCCCUGGGGUGGGAGCCUGCAGAGCCCUUGCUGCUCCCCUUCCUGGGCACGCCACUCUCCUUCCAGCUCUCCUACAUACCACUACCCCCAGCUGUGUGAAUACCCCACCCCCAGCCCCCGGAGGUUGAUUGGGUGCACCUGGAGGAGAUGGAGCCGUUUGUAACCUCUGCUGCAUCUCUGACCCAGGGGCUGGCUGCUCACCUGCAGCAGGCAGGGACCUCGUCCCCACCUGUGCGCAGCUCAGGGCAGGGUGUGCUGGGUGUCUGUGGCACUGGCUGUGAGCUGGCACCUGCUGGAGCGAUGGGAGCACCUCCGCUGCCCAACCCCCACCAACGCACUGGAUGAGCAGGGGGAGCAGUAAUAAAGCCACUGAACGUCACUUCUGCAGAGCUGUGUCCCCUGGGCUGGUGCUUCCCCAGGGCAGAGCCACCAGCAGACGGGUGCAGCAGCGCUCCCAUGCCCAUUCCCUCGCUGUGCCACAGCCACAUCUCGAUGCCAGUACCCAGCAGCAGGAGCUGGCUCCCAGCUGCCCGACAUGCAGGGCCUUCAGCCCCAUCCUUCUCAAUGUGGGAUCUGCCGGGCAGGCUUCUUGUUUUUGUAGAUGCAGAGCAGGGCCUGGGGCUGCACACCGCCUCCUGCCGCGUACACUCGUGAUCGCAUUAAACGCCCCACGGGGUCGGUUCCUACUCACA